AUUCUUAAUUUUGUCUCGUUCGUUCAUUUUAUCAAAUGUCAGUCAGCAGACUAAGUUUUUAUAAAUAAAAAACUAUUCCACAAAUUGUACACUACAGCAAAGUUUAAUAAAAAAAACGAAACAUUAGUAAUAUCGAGCAGGUGCUGCAACAAAAGUUACUUUUUUAAUAUGAGUAAUGUGGAAGUAAAACAAACGUCAGAAAUAAAUGAACACAAUGGUAGCGUUAAACAAGAUUCGGCCCGAGUUGGCUGGGUGAAAUUUGAUGACGAAUCUGGACAAGCAAAUACUCUAGGCGAUAGCCAUGUAGGAGUGUCUGCUACUGCCAUCGAAUCUCCUUCCGAAAAUAUCUCUUCUCAAGCACCUGCUAUUUUGAAUACUGAAUCAGUACAUGUAAACCUUGAACGUGGAGAUCGAAGUACAGAGCCUGUAACACUUAACACAUUGUCAAAGAAUGUUGAGUUUAUCAAUGUACGUCAAGGAUUUUGUAAUGGGGACACAAUAGUGACCCUUUUACCAGUGAACAGUCGGUGGCCCUGGGUGACACCAGCGCGCUUUCGUCCAGAACUUGUGCCAGAAGAACUAAUGGCACAGGGACUCACGCUCACUGUGGAAGAGUAUGUUCAUGCUAUGGAACUGCUUGUUAAUGAUGGAAGGUUCACAAUGUACAACAUAUGCUAUAAGCGUGUUCUAGUCUGCUGGGUUAGCGUGGCAUUUAUAGUGCUGCUGGCUCUGUUGUUUUCAGGUCUCACUGGCCUUAUUUUGUUCUCGCUUGGUGUUCUUUGGUUGAUUCUUAAUGCAGCUGCCAUAUUUUUAUGUAUGUGGAUAAAGUUGAAACUCUCAAAAGGCAUGGAAAAAUGCAUGGCUAAUGUCAACAAAUUGCUGAAUAAGCACAAAUUAAUACUUGCACUGGAUGAUCGAGGAAAGAUAUCAUGUCACAAAGUAAACUUGUGUUUUAUUUAUUUUGAUUCGGGACCAUGUAUUGCUCAUAUCCAACAAUUCAUUGAAAGCGAAGAAGGAAAGUCCAUAAUGCAGGGUUGGGAACAGAGACUGGAUGUCACUGUCAAUGAUAUUGUUAUACAAGGAAGUCAGUCUACAAGAUUAUCUCGAAAACAGGAAAGAGCGGCGCUGCUGUACCUGCGGUAUGUGGCAAGGUGGGGUGCAUACGCGAUAAAGAAUAGAUUGAAUCUCAGCAACACAGUGCCGGGGCGUCACGGAGAGAAAUAUGUCUGCCCAUGUCAAUUCAUAGAAGAACAUCUACAGACAAAACCUCCUGCGGGUAUCGCAAAAUUUUUCUCUUUGCCUAAUCAAAACGUCCAACUAUACUAAUAAUGAUGUUGUAUAGAAAGUAUUCAAUUAUAUAAAUUCCGUCCAUAUAGCAUUAAGUAAAUGAAUACCUAAUAUAUUAUUUUUCUGUACAUUUAUUUAGAUGUAAGUAAAAUUUUACAUAAUAUUGUGUAUUAAGUCAGACCAAAUCCGUCCAAAUUGUUCUGCUCAAUAAGGUUUUGAUUAAUUUAUAUUAGAGUAUAAAUAAUUAUUUAAUAGGUUUAUAACAAUAAUGUUUUACAAUAUUAAUUACGAGAUAAGCAUUUUAAUCAGUACCACUACACUAUUCUGUACUUGUAGUGUCUUCCUGUUAGUUUAAAAUCACACAAUAGGUACUUUUUGAUAUUGUGUUAUUUUAAUUGACAUCAUAUCUAUUUGACGGGAAAAGAUGAAUUCCUAAUUGAGAGGAGGGCAUGGAAAUUCUCUUUCUAUGUCUUCUCUCUUCCUAGUUCUCAUGCAGUCUAUUUUGGCCUAGAACUAAUUCAUGCUAUUAUAAUUUAUUUUUAACUACAUUUCAAACUAUUCUGUGACUGCAUAUGAUAUAGUUAUUUUUCUAAUCGUCUUGUCUAAUUUCUUAAUUUUUUGGCUGACCUGACCUUUAAAUUAAUUAGAUCAUAGAUAUUUAUUAUUAAGUGUUAAAUACCCCAUAAAAAGUUGCUUUGUGGCAAAGCUCAAACAGUGUGAGUUAUCCGUAGUUAUAUUUGUAUUUAUUAAAUGGCAGUUUUUUCAUAAUUACUAAAUUCAAUGGAAUUGUCAUAAGUACCUGAAGUUUAUAGAAUCGAAUUUCCGAAAAUAGUAUAGGUAUCAAGUGAAUUAAAAUAUCAAAAAUUAUUAUUUCUAGUACCUAUAUAUGCGUGUUACAAAUAAACGUACAUUCCACCAUAUACAUAUAUCUGAUUGAUAUGGCGUCUGAACAAUAUAUAAGUAGCUAAUUUUACCUUCUGACAAGAGGUUUUUUAUACCCCUAGGUAUAUAAUAAACACUAAUUGAUGCUGAAAUCACACAAACGUCUCGGCUAGUCUUACUAGUACUUAUGUUGUCGUACUUUAGUGUUACACCAACUUUACCUAUAAGCGUAUGUUAAGAUUACAUUCUAACAAAUAAGUUUGUUUCUAUAUCUACACUGCAUGAAAUAAAAAAAAAACUACAAUCCAUUAGAAGGUAUGAUUGCGUCCACUCUAAAAAAAAGAGAAUCUGCUGUUUAUGAUCUCUGAACA